AGAUCGGGCCAUGGAGAGGAUGGCGAAGCAGUUGCGUCAGUUGCAAGAUAAGGUGGAGGGGAGGCCAGAGAGGAGAGCUCGAGGACAUCCCUUCUCAAGGGAGAUUCUCGCUGCUCCUUUGCCAAACAAUUUCAAGGAGACCAACUUGGUGUAUGACGGGUCAUCUGACCCAUCGAGGCAUGUGAGGACCUUUGAGAACAUGGCGGUGUUGCAUGGAUACUCUGAUUCUGUUUGUUGCAGGGCGUUCUUGUCGACCCUACGCGGAGGAGCGCUUGACUGGUUUCAUCAAUUACCUUCGGGAUCGAUUGCGGAUUUUGAGGAUCUUGCCAGCAAGCUCACUAACCAAUAUUCGAGCGCAGUGGCACAAGAGAAGACUUACUUGACCCUUAUGGCGAUGAAACAGGGGGAGAAGGAAUCGCUGAGGAAGUAUGUUGCUCGAUACAAUAAAACAUGUUUGGAAGUGCACUCCGCUUCAGAUGAGGUGAAAGCAGGAGGAUUGAUUAGGAGUCUUCGAGCAGGGCCCUGCCGAACUUCUUUGGCAAAGACCCCGGCUCGAUCAUACGAGGAUGUUCUAAAGCGGUGCAGGAAGUACAUUAAUCUGGAAGAGAUGGAAAUGGAGUUUGCAAAGCUCGAGGGGAUGUCCCAGCCAGAGCCAAAGAAGGAGCAAAACCGCUCGAGGGAAAGGUCACCAAGGGGAAGCUCGCCUAAGAGGAGCGAGCAGAGGAGAGUGUCUCCUCGAAGGAGGAGUAGGGAUGCGAAAGGGGAAAAGAGAGAUGAAUGGCAGAGGAGGCCUAUGGUGUUCGAGAGGCAGAGGUACCAAAACUUUACUCCCUUGAGGAAAGAUAUGACAGAAGGGCAAGGAGGAGGGGCCCCGCUGAAAAGAGGAACGAUUUACAUGAUUUUUGGGGGGCCGACAGAUGGUGACUCGAACAGAUCGAGAAAGGAGCAUGCGCGAGCGGUGAAAAGAAAGAGAGAGGAGGUGGGGAUUACAACGCGCAUGCCGGUAAUAAGUUUCAAGGCGGAGGAUGCUGAGGGGGUAGUCUUACCACACAAUGACGCCCUGGUGAUAACCGCAGAGGUUGCGGGCUUUGAUGUAAAGAGGGUGUUCAUUGAUACAGGGAGUUCGGUGGAUGUCAUGUUCUAUGAUUGUUUCGUGCAGAUUAACAAGGAGCUGAAUGCGGAGCUGAAGCCGGUAGCCACAGUGCUGUAUGGCUUUAAUGGAGGAGAAGUUAUGCCGAUGGGGGAGGUCAGUUUGCCCGUGGCGCUGGGAUCCGGAGAGCUGAGGAAGGUGCGCAUGGUGAGGUUUGUAGUUGUAGGGGCUGAGUCAUCCUAUAACAUCAUCAUGGGGCGGACGAGCUUGAACGCAUUCCAGGCAGUCGUAUCCAC